AAACAAACAAAAUUGCUUUCUCAAUCAUUAUAUGUUAAGAUUGAUAUGGCGUUCAAAAGAAUUUACGGUGCUACAAAUGAGUGUGAAAUUUGUGCAUACGUUCAUCAUUAUCAAAAAGCUAAAGCAUAUCAAUAUUUAUUCGAGGAUUUGUUUGAUACUGUUAAAAAUGAUACGCACAAGCUAUUUGAAUUUCAGCACAUUCAUGGUCAUGGAUUAGGCUGUAUAAUUGCGGAUGAACAUCAAGGACAAGCACUUG